AUGGCGGUAGCCAUGCAGCAGGACUUGGCCCAGCUCAUGAAUUCGAGCGGCUCUCAUAAAGAUCCGGUGGGCAAGUAUCAUAAGAUCCUGGAAAAAGCUAUUCAGUUAUCAGGGGCAGAACAACUUGAAGCUUUGAAAGCCUUUGUGGAAGCAAUGGUCAAUGAGAAUGUCAGCCUCGUGAUCUCUCGACAGUUACUGACGGAUUUCUGCACACAUCUCCCUAACCUGCCGGACAGCACAGCCAAAGAAAUAUAUCAUUUCACCCUGGAAAAGAUUCAGCCUAGAGCCAUUUCAUUUGAGGAACAGGUUGCUUCAAUAAGACAGCAUCUUGCAUCUAUACAUGAGAAAGAAGAAGAAUGGAGAAAUGCAGCCCAAGUGCUGGUGGGAAUUCCUUUGGAAACAGAACAAAAACAGUACAAUGUAGAUUAUAAACUGGAGACUUACCUGAAGAUUGCUAGACUAUAUCUGGAGGAUGAUGAUCCAGUCCAGGCAGACGCUUACAUAAAUCGAGUACCAUUGCUUCAGAAUGAGUCUACUAAUGAACAGUUACAGGUACAUUAUAAGGUGUGCUGUGCUUGUGUUCUUGAUUAUAGAAGAAAAUUCACUGAAGCUGUGCAAAGGUACAGGGAGCUCUCUUACAAGACAAUAGUCCACAAAAGUGAAAGACUAGAGGCCUUAAAACAUGCUUUGCACUGUACCAUCUUAGCAUCAUCAGGACAGCAGCAUUCUCGGAUGCUAGCUACUCUUUUUAAGGAUGAAAGGUGUCAGCAACUUGCUGCUUAUGGGAUCCUAGAGAAAAUGUACCUAGAUAGAAUCAUCAGAGGAAAUCAACUUCAGGAAUUUGCUGCCAUGCUGAUGCCCCACCAAAAAGCAACUACGGCUGAUGGUUCCAGCAUCUUGGACAGAGCUGUUAUUGAACACAAUUUAUUGUCUGCAAGAAAAUUAUAUAGUAAUAUUACUUUUGAAGAACUUGGAGCUCUUUUAGAGAUUCCUGCAGCUAAGUUCAUUUUGAAACAUGAGAAGCCCUACCAACAUGGGAUAAACAGAUCCAAUAACUUUGUUUCCAAGUGA